AUGUCAUCCUUCCUCGAGUCCUCUCUCCGCAUCCCCUCCAAAGCAUCGAGAAGUUGGCGAACAGCGAGGUACUUUACACGCGAUCAACGGAAGCAAAACCUCCUCUUCGCCCGCUCGUUUUCGUCGACCCUCCGCCGCCAUGAAAUCAACAAAGUCGUCCCCUCCGCUGCUGAAGCGAUCAAGGACAUGAAGUCCAACUCCACCCUCUUGUGUGGUGGGUUUGGACUUUGCGGCGUCCCCGACACUCUGAUCAACGAGGUUGCGAAAACACCCUCCAUCACCGGUCUUACGGCGGUCUCGAACAAUGCCGGCAUCCCCGGUGCCGGUCUCGGCCAGUUAUUGGAGACCAAGCAAGUGAGGAAAAUGAUUGCCAGCUACGUCGGCGAGAACAGAGUGCUCGAGCAGAUGUACUUGACUGGAGAGAUGGAACUGGAACUUACACCCCAGGGGACAUUGGCUGAACGCUGUGCAGCGGGCGGCAAAGGAAUUCCUGCAUUCUACACACCAGCUGCAUUUGGCACGGUCGUACAGACGGGUGAGAUUCCACUGAGGCACAACAAGGAUGGCAGUAUUGCACAAUUCGGAAAACCUAGGGAUGUCAAGGUGUUCAACGGGAAGUCAUAUGUCAUGGAAGAAGCCAUUGCGGGUGACUACGCGUUCGUGAAAGCGCACAAGGCUGACAAGCUCGGCAACUGCCAAUUCCGCCUCGCGGCCAACAACUUCAACGGCGCCAUGGGCCGCAAUGCCAAAGUCACCAUUGUGGAAGCCGAACACAUUGUUGAGGUUGGCGAGAUUGAUCCUGUCGCUGUGCAUUUACCGGGCAUCUACGUGAGCAAAGUGAUCCAAGCAACGGCCGAGAAGAAGAUCGAGAAAUACGUCAACCGCAAAGAAGAGGGCGCCGACGUCAAAGACAGUCUUGGGAAGGGUGAAGCCGCCUCGAAGCGCGAACUGAUUGUGAGACGUGCCGCGAAGGAGUUCCAAAACGGCAUGUACGCCAAUUUGGGCAUCGGUAUGCCUAUGUUGGCCCCGUCGUUCGUGGAUUCAUCAGUUGAAGUCCAGUUACAAUCUGAGAACGGCAUCCUUGGUCUCGGCCCCUAUCCGCGCAAGGGUGAGGAAGAUCCUGAUCUCAUCAACGCCGGCAAGGAAACCGUCACUCUGCUCCCAGGUGCCUCUUGCUUCGGAUCAGAGGAAUCAUUCGGUAUGAUCCGUUCCGGCCGCAUAGAUAUGUCUAUGUUGGGUGCGAUGCAGGUGUCCGCAAGAGGUGAUCUGGCAAAUUGGAUGUUACCCGGCAAAGUUAAGGGCUUCGGUGGAGCGAUGGACUUGGUGAGCAAUCCAGAAAAGACAAAGGUGGUGGCAUUGAUGGAGCACACGGAUAAGAAGGGGAACCCCAAGAUUCUCAAGCAGUGUGAAUUCCCACUCACAGGAAGGGCGUGUGUCUCAAGAAUUAUUACAGAAUUGUGCGUCUUCGACGUGGACUUCACCCACGGUCUCACGCUUAUUGAACUCGCGGACGGGGUCACCGUCGAGGAGGUCAAGGCUAAGACCGAGGCGCCUUUCAAGGUCGCGGAUAAUAUUAAACCUAUGCUCUAG